AUGGGUGCCAGCACACAUUUUUUGUCACCCAACAACAAAAAGAGAGUCUAUGGGAUGCCCAAAGCCAAAUGCCUCCUGGCUCUGGGACAGGGGGAAGUAGACCCACAGAUUCAUUACAAGCCAGGAGAUUAUUCCAUUAGUGGCAUAGUCUCUGCGAUGAAGUUUAAGGUCCCUAUUUACAUCCAGAAUAAACAAAUGCUGGUAGUAAACAGCUUUUCUUUAGCUAUCUGCUUUGUCUUGGGAAUCUUCAUUAAAUUCCGAGAAACUCCCAUAGUCAAAGCAAACAAUCGGGAUCUCUCCUAUAUCCUCCUCAUCUCCCUUCUGUUCUCCUUCUUGACCUCCUUCCUAUUCAUUGGCCAGCCAAGGAGAGUCACUUGCCUUCUCCGACAAACAACCUUCAGCAUCAUCUUCUCAGUUGCCAUUUCUACUGUCUUGGCCAAAACAUUCAUGGUGGUGUUAGCCUUCUUAGCCACAAAACCAGGGAAUAAAUUUCAGAGAUGGCUAGGCAAUAGCUUGUCCAAUUCUGUCAUCCUUUCUUGCUCUGGUGUCCAAAUUGUUCUCUGCAGCAUCUGGUUGGGCACUUCUCCCCCAUUCCCUGACUCUGAUAUGCACUCACAAUCUGGAGUGAUUAUUCUGCAAUGCAAUGAAGGUAGUGUCACCAUGUUUUACAUUGCCCUGGGCUACAUGGGCUUCCUAGCUGCCAUCUGCUUCACAGUGGCUUUCUUGGCCAGGAAUCUGCCUGCAGCCUUCAAUGAAGCCAAGCUCAUCACCUUCAGCAUGCUGGUUUUCUGCAGCGUUUGGGUGUCCUUUGUGCCCACCUACCUGAGUACUAAGGGGAAGUACAUGGUGGCCGUGCAGCUCUUCUCCAUUUUGGCUUCCUGUCUUCACCCUUUUCUUCAAAGCUCUCAGUUUCACAAUAAUUCCAUAGAAGGGGUAUAUUUGGAUGAGAAAGGAGAUUUGACAGCUGAUCUGGACAUUGUGAAUUGGGUCCUUUUCCCCAACAAAUCUUUCAAGAGACUGAAAUCUGGGAGUCUAGAAAAACUGACAUCCAAGGAUUUGAAAAUUGCCAUUGACCCAAAGAGUAUCACCCAGCUGGAAAUGCUGAAAAAGAUGGUCUUGAAAACUAUCAGCUUCAAAGUUUAUACACACUAUUCAAUGCAAUGUUCUCCUCAGUGCCAUGUCCUAAGUCCAAUGUUGUUCAACCUGUUGACCCAUGGUUAUUGUGCAAGGUUUGCUACCAACAAUACUAUGAAGUAUGUAGAUGAUACAAAAGUGGUGGGCCUCAUUCAGGAUGACAGUGCUGAGAUAGAGCAGUCAAACAGUCCUUCUGUCAUUACAACUUUCUAUAGAAGGACAAUUGAGAUCAUCCUGUCAUAUUGUACUACUGUUUGGUUUGAAAAUAUUAUUGCUUCGGACAGAAGGGAAAUAUAG